CCCCCCUCUCACUCUCCCUCGCUCUCUCGCUCGCUCUCUCUCUCUCGUCACUGUAGCGAGAGGCACAGCGUGCGGAGCAAGCCUCUUGCCUCUUCUUCCUCCUCCUCCUCCUCCUCAUCCUGGUGGCUCAGCUGCUUUUCUUCCUCCGCAGUCCGGAAGCUUCUCCUUCUUCUUACUCUUCAUUCUCUUUUUUUUGUGUUCUUUUUUUUUCUCCCCCUCCUCCUCCCGCUUCCUGCAUCCCCACUUUGGAUUGCUUUCCUUUUCCUUGCCUGCGUUUCUCCCCAAUUUGUUCCUUUUUUUUUCCUUGUUCUUUUUUUUGCGCACUGAGGACGCGUCGGCGGCUGGUGUCUGGGUGCGUGCGUGCGUGCGUACACGCGCGUGCGUGCACGCGGCCAUGGAUCUCCGCAUGCUGCUUGCGCUGCGCGCGUGCUUGUUGCUGUUCCGCGGAGCGACGCUGCGUGCCGACUCCAUCAUUCACAUUGGCGCCAUCUUUGAGGAGAACGCAGCCCGAGACGACGAAGUGUUCCAGCUGGCUGUGUCCGACCUCAGCCUGAGCGACGACGUGCUGCAGAGUGAGAAGAUCACGCACUCCAUCAAACUCAUCGAACCCAACAACCCUUUCCAGGCCGUGCAAGAAGCCUGCGAGCUGAUGAAUCAAGGGAUCCUGGCGCUGGUGACGUCGACGGGCUGCGCCUCGGCCAGCGCGCUGCAGUCUCUGACGGACGCCAUGCACAUCCCGCACUUGUACAUCCAGAGGAACGGCGGCGGCUCGCCCAGGACCUCCUGCCAGCUCAACCCGAGUCCCGGAGGUCGCGGGUACACGCUGGCGGCCCGGCCUCCCGUGCGCCUCAACGACGUCAUGCUGACGCUGGUGGAAGAGCUGCGCUGGCAGAAGUUCAUCGUCUUCUACGACAUUGAGUACGACAUGCGAGGCCUUCAGGGUUUCCUGGACCGUGCGUGUCGAGAAGGUCUGGACGUGUCUCUGCAGCGGGUGGACAAGAACAUCAGUCAGGUGUUCAGCGACCUGUUCACGUCCAUGAGGACGGAGGAGCUCAACCGGUACCGCGACACGCUGCGCCGCGCCAUCCUGCUGCUCAGCCCGAACGCCGCGCACACCUUCAUACAACAGGCAGUGGAAACCAAUCUGGCCUCCAAGGACAGCCAUUGGGUGUUUGUUAACGAGGAAAUCAGCGACACGGAGAUCCUGGAGCUGACCCAUAGCGCACUGGGACGCAUGACGGUCGUUCGGCAGAUUUUCCCGCUGUGGAAAGACGGCGGAUCGCGAUGUAUGAGACACAACCAUCGCAUCUCGUCGCUGCUGUGCGACCCCCAGGAAGGAUACCUGCACAACCUGGAGGUCUCGAACCUGUACCUGUAUGACAGCGUGCUGAUGCUGGCCAACGCCUUCUACCGGAAGCUGGAGGACAGGAAGUGGCACAGCAUGGCCAGUCUCAACUGCAUCAGGAAGUCCACCAAGCCCUGGAACGGAGGCUGGUCCAUGCUGGAGACCAUUCAAAAGGGCAACAUCACGGGGCUGACGGGCACCAUGGACUUCAAAGACAGCGGCGCCAACGCUCAUGUCCACUUCGAGAUCCUCGGCUCCAGUUUCAGCGAGACCUUCGGCAAGGACGUCAAGAGGUUGGCUACAUGGGACGCGGUGCACGGCCUGAACGGCAGCCUGAAGGAGAGCCGGAUCGAGAGCGGCAUGCAGGGAGUCACCGUCAAAGUGGUCACGUUGCUGGAGGACCCCUUUGUGAUGGUGGCGGAGAACAUCCUGGGCCAGCCCAAACGGUACAAAGGCUUCUCCAUCGACGUGCUGGACGCCCUCGCCAAGAUCCUGGGCUUCAAGUACGACAUCUACCAGGUGUCCGACAGCAAAUACGGAUCUCAGCUGCCCAACGGCUCCUGGAACGGCAUGAUCGGCGACCUCAUCAACAAGAGAGCCGACCUGGCCGUGUCAGCCGUCACCAUCACGCCGGAGCGCGAGAACGUGGUGGACUUCAGCAAACGCUACCUGGACUACAGCGUGGGCAUCCUGCUGCGGAAGCCCGAAGAGAAGAUCAACAUCUUUUCGCUCUUCGUGCCUUUCGACUUGGCCGUGUGGGCCUGCAUCGCCGCCGCCAUCCCGGUGGUGGGCGUCCUCAUCUUCCUGCUCAACAGGCUGCAGGCGCUACGCUCGUCGGCCGCGCAGAACGCCCCCCCGGGCCCGACCGGCAACGGCUCGGCAUCCGGAUCCCUGCACAGCGCCAUUUGGAUCGUCUACGGGGCCUUUGUGCAGCAAGGCGGCGACGGCGUGGUGAGCUCAGUGGCGCUGAGGAUCGUCAUGGGCAGCUGGUGGCUCUUCACACUCAUCGUGUGCUCGUCGUACACGGCCAACCUGGCGGCGUACCUCACCGUGUCCCGGAUGGACCACGCCAUACGGUCCUUCCAGGACCUGUCGCGGCAGAUGGACGUGGACUACGGCACGGUGAGGGACUCGGCCGUGUACGACUACUUCCGCAACAAAGGCACCAACCCUCUGGAGCAGGACAGCACGUACGCCGAGCUGUGGCGGACCGUCAGCAAGAACGGCGGCCUGGACUACUCGGUGUCCAGCCCCUCCGAGGGCAUACGCAAGGCCAAGAAGAGCGCGUACGCCUUCCUGUGGGACAUGGCGGCGUUGGAGUACGCGGCGCUGACCGACGACGACUGCGCCGUCACCGUGUCGGGCAGCGGCGUCAGCAGCAAAGGCUACGGCAUCGCCAUGCAGCACGGCAGCCCCUACCGGGACCUCUUCUCCCAAAAGAUCCUGGAGCUGCAGGAGAAGGGUGACCUGGACAUCCUGAAGCAGAAGUGGUGGCCCCGCGCGGGCCGCUGCGACCUGAGCAGCCACGCCAGCGCGCACCCGGACGGCCGCUCGCUCAAGCUGCACAGCUUCGCCGGCGUCUUCUGCAUCCUGGCCGCCGGGCUGCUGCUGGCCUGCCUGGUGGCCGGCCUGGAGGCCUGGUGGAGCGGCGACGGCUGCCGCCGCCGCGCAGCCAAAGAGGUCGCUAAGGAUUACAGGCUGGCUUUGGUUUCGGGUCCGUUGACUUAUAAUGACUUUGCUUCGUCCGAGGGGAGGAGGGACAUUUGGACAGACAGAGGGAGAGGCUGGCAGGAAGCGCAUGCCAUUGGCACAGGACAAGGAGGUGAACCUGGAACAGGUGCAUCGGCGUAUGAACAGUCUUUUGGACGAGGACUUGGUCCACAAGCAGAUCCCCGGCCCCUCUAUCGAGAUCUCUGCGCUGGACAUCGGCAGCAUGCAGCCCACCCAGGCGGGCCUGAUGCCCACGGGCCUCGCUGUGACCACCUUUCUGCCCAGGGAGGGGGCGCCGCCGCCAUCUCUGAGCCACCCUCACCUUGGGGGGACCCUAGGCAGGACGCUACCGCCGCCGCAGCUCCCUGGCAGCACCACGCUACCGCCCCAGCUCGCGGGCACCAUGCAGUGCAAGCACAGAGCGCCCAACGGGGGGCUCUUCCGCCAGAGCCCUGGCAAGGUGCCGCUCUACCAGGCAGGACCCAUAGCCGCAGCCAUUGACGCCACCCACAGCACCUCCAUUUAGGCCUUGAGGGGCUUUUGCAGUUUUUCCCACACACACGCACACCUUCCCCCACCCCCCAAAAAAGGAAGAUUUUUUUUUUUUUGUUGUUUUUGUUUUUAAUCCAGCGCUCUUGACUUUUCUGGCGCACACGGGUGUAAAUAACAAAAAGAACAGAGUGAGCUCCAAAUGUAUUUUGAAUAUUCUCCAUUUUUGAAGUUGAGCUCUACAAAACACAAAACCGCAUUCAAAAAAAAAAUGAUGAUAUAUAAACUAUAUAAAUAUCUAUCUCGACAUGAUGCCAACGUUCUGACUGCUCUUCAAGUUUAGUUGAAAACGGACAAGGAAAAAAAUUCAUUGUGAUUGUUUUCUAAGUGCCCUGAAAAAGAAAAAAAAGAAAAAAAAAGAAAAGCAAACUGUUUCCAUCCGCCGCCCGUUUGUUGUUAAUGUCACAGUCACCUUGACAACCGACAGAAAUCAUCACAAUCAUUAUCUUGAAUCACCCAUGUUUCAUUCCCUUUCCCUAAGCUAAAACGUCAAACUUCAUUCGAUGCUAAAAUGUUGGAGAGAUUCGCGUUAUUUUUAUCUCGGGCCGAGAUGCUCGGCGCUGGGUUGCCAUGACAAACGCUGUUCCAAACACACAAAACAUUUUUUUUUUUGUCUUUGGCAGCUUCCACUUCUCUUGUUCAACAUGUUUCGUGUCAUAAGUGUGGGUUUGAUUAAUUCCAGCCGAGGAGGAAACUGGAGCGCCGUCACCCAAAGCGCAAUGGGGCGAAUCUGUCGACAUAUAGCGCCCCCUGCAGCCAUGGAGGAACCAAGGAAGGGCAUUGUUCACUUUUCAACAGACCAAAUGUUCAACUUUUUGAGGCACAAAAAUGUAAUGAGUUCAUUUCGAGACAUUGACCCUGUCCAGUGCUCAUGAAAUUCGCAUCAUUUUUCGGUUUAGGGCCCUCGCUCACUGGCCUUGGAGACGAGUUGACGACUCGAGUCUCAGCGGCAACUCCUGUGGACAAGCCAGAUCGCCAAGGAGUCUCGGUAAAUUCGUAUCUUUUUUUUUUUUUGCAAGAUCCACAUCUCCAUGACAUUGCGGGGGCGUUACAGUGAUGUCACGGACAUCGCUGCGACUUCCAGGCCAAUUGCUUUCUGCCCGCCGCCGUCCCGGUAAAAGGCACAACGGUAGUUUUUGGUCGUCAGAGUCACGGCCGUUGCCAAAGCGUGGCGCGCACGUUAUAGAGACACCUGUUUUCACAACUGUUUUAAAUUGUGGAGCGGGGGGACAGCAUAAUGUCCCCUCUGAAGUCAUAAUCGUGACAUUUACCAAGGCUCAUUUGGCGCAUUAAGCCUCGUGAAUCAAGUGAAACAAACACGAAGCGCGACUUUUUUUUUUUUCUUCCGUUCCGCUCAAUAAAGCAGUCCUGACCUCCUCGCCGCUAUUUCCACACACCGCGCUACUCGCCUCCUCCCCGCCAGCUCUGGAAGUCCAUCAUGGGAGAUUCCCGAAACGAACAUUAGUUCAGGCUGCCGGUUGCUUUUCCUUCACUGCCGCGAGCCGGAAAAGAUGAGCUCAGCUCGCUCCAUGUCUGCAUAGAUUUCUCAGUGAUCAAAGGUGGCCAAAAGGUUGAGUGGAGACAACUGGACUCUUUUUGGUUGUUCAAGAUUUUUCCGCUUGAAUCGCAACGUGGACAUUUGAGGUAUGAGGUCGUCCUAUUUCUAAUUCUAGUGAACCGCUGCCAUUCAAUUGGAAAAUGCCGCCCAAAUGUGUACAUUAGCUUCCCUAAAACGACCUUGCACAACUCUGUCUGCUUUGGGGGGGUUGAUUGGUCACAAAUGUUAACAAGCCACGCCUACAAUUUAAAGAUGCCAUCUUGACCAACCAAGUCCAGUUGCAUCCGUUCAACUUUUGGCUCACGUCCACUCGCUUGUGUCCCGGGGAGGCUUUGCUUGUCUUUAGUGUUCCAGCGGAGGACUUUUUAUUUAUCGACACGCUGCUUGGACUUUCUUAUCUUUAAUAAAGAAGUAUGUUUACAACA